UACUUUUUAAUAUUUGAGUGUUUUUAAUGAAAAACUAUCAUAUAUGAAGAAUCUGAUGUUUGAUUUAAUUUUUUAAGACGUAAAUAAUAACUUAUCGUGCUGGUUUGAUUUAAAAUAAUAAAUAUUUAUAAAAAGAUUGUCCGAAUAUGCAGGCAAAACACAUAGUUUUGUUACUAAUCGAAACAUCAAUUCUACGUAUAAAACGCAUUUGUAUUUAUAUAGGUUUCAUGAAAUUUACUACAAAAAUUUGAAAUAAGCAGAUAUUUUGCUGUCUCUUUUGUGAUCAACAAAUCUCCAAUUUUACGUUGGAAAACAUUCUUAUACAACUGUUGAUUUAAAAUUUGAACAAAAUCUCCAAAUACACCUAUAAAUUUUCAAUUAAGUUUGAAAGCCUUUUAAAAUUUUAUUUUUUUUAAUUAAGGGGAUACUGUUGCCUCUUUUAUAACUGCUGAUUUGAAAUGUAUUAUUCGAUAUAGAUAGUAAACACGUUUUGUUACUAAUAGACUAAUAGUAAUAUGAAUGUUUAAAUUCGAAUAAUAAUGAAAAUAAACAUUACAAAUUUUGAAUUAAGCGCAUACCACUGCUUCUUUUAUGAUAACAAAUCUCCAGUUUCUCAGCUCUCUCUCUCUCUCUAUGAUUUUUUUGAAUCUGUAGAUUUUCCUCAUACCUUUUCUGUAUAUUUUGCAGUAAAUAGGUCCCAUUAGUGUUCAAAUCAUCUCACUGAUUCUUUCGUUUUGCUAUUUUUUCUUUUAUAUUUUUGCAAAAUCUGGGAUUUUUUAUUUUCUUUGAAGCUCAAGUUUUACUACUCUGCGGGUUGACAAAAAAAAAAAAAAACUACUCUGCGUCCCUUAAACAUCAAAACAACUCUCUGUUUGAAGACAAAACCCAUGGAUGCCUCUCAGUCUUCUCUUCCACAAUUGCCAUCUCUCUCCGGUACACUAACCAAAAAUUCUGUCUGAUCUAUGUAAUGCUUACUUUGGUCUGAAAAAUUGUGUAAAAAAUGAUUUUUUGAUGAAUACAGAGCUUGAAUCUCGGAUGCAAGUAUUGCGCGUCUCUGCUCUUGAAGAAAACCAAACCGGUGAAACACUUUCUCAGCGUGCUGAAUGGUUUUACCAGAGACGUCCUCUCCUUCUCUCACUCUGUGAAGAUCUCUACGAUAGUUACACAACUCUACUGAACCGUUACAACCAUGCCAAACCACAAAACCUCCCUAAACCCGUUUCUCAUGACAAUGAUUCUGACACUAGUUCUGAAGUUACGAGCAUCUUGUCCUUCCAACAUAUGCAAAUCACCACUUGUGAUAAGCAGAAAAUCGAAGAGUUAGUCUCGCAGCUCGCGACCGCAAACACGGAAAAAGAUAUGGCGCAGGACGAGUUGCGUCGCGGAGAACAAAAGUUCCGAGAAGCUUCCAAGACGAUCGAGUUGUUAAAGAAGCUUGUGACGUUGCUUGACAUGGAGAAAGAAGUAGCGGUAGAGGAAACAACGAAUCUUGAAUACAAACUCACUUCUCUCUUGGAAGAGAACAGAGACCUCGCCACCGAAGCGCUGUUCAUGAAAAAAGAGGCAGUGAGGCUCGCUAGAUGCGUGCUUAAGAUGAGGAACGAUCAUUUUCACGAGAUGUGUCUUCUACAGAACCAAGUGUACGCGUUGCAGUCUUCAUCGAGAGAGUCUGUCUAUGAAAAUGAAACCUCGCCGAGAUGCUUUGGGUUGGAUAAGAGCAAGAGCAAGAAGAGAAAGAUGAGUGAAACAAGAACUGAACCUGGAGAGAAGAAGAGGAAGUCCAAGUGGUUGAAGAGACUUAAUCCGUUUAUCAAAUCCAGCGUUAGCCCAUCGCCUGCGUUGCUCCAUCGUCCAGCACAAUAAACUAUUUUACUGUCUACAUUGAGUUUUGCAUAUUUUAUUUCAUUGGUUGGGAUGCAUUACAAUAAUGUUUGUCUGCUUAUGUUCUACUUGCCUUAUUAAACAUAGCAGCCUGUUCAUGUUUUCUGAUCCAUAGUAAGAAGUACUGCUGAAUAAUCUGCUUAAUUGGAUUAAACUUGUUUGAUGUUGAAACCUACACUUGGUCUCUUGGAGCUCUUCUCGGUAAGGGUUACUUGAAACCUACACUAUAAGCGUUAAAACGACAGGGACGGUUACAAGUUAUGACGCGAUCCUUGAAAGUUAGCUACGUCAAAGGCGACUCGGGAAAUCCUGGCAUCCGAGGCAACAAGGAGAACCUCAUAUUCUCGGGACGAACCUCACAUUCUCGGGAUCAUCGCCAAUGGAAACAGAAACUGAGUCCUAGGAAUGCUUAGAGCUGAAUAGUGGAACAUGCAGGGUUUAGUGGGUGGGCGAAACUAUGAUGUAAUAGGUUUACUUGGAAAUUUUGUUCAAAAUCGUACUGGUAACCGGACCUAAAUUCCCGAUUCUCGGGUUGAAUAAAAUUUCAUAUUUAAAAAAAAAAACUUGUUUGAUGUAUACUAUUAUGAUUUCACUGAAAUGGAUGCAGCAAAUAAACUUAGACUGGCACACAACUCUACUGAUCGAGCUGGUAGUGGUCUGAAAUUCAACUACUUCAUCAUAUACACAUUGUAACAAUGAGAUCUGGAUCCAGAGGCUAUCCUUGUUCUGUAACCAUCACUAUAAUGAUAUAUAACAUCUUCAACAAUCCAGAAAACAUAUCAUUAC